CUCAGUGACUGUUGUGGCAGCGGUCUAACUGAAGUGUGUGUAGGUGGCGGUAUACACCUUUAAGUGGAUUUACGAGUCCGCAGUCAACACGGAGAAGAAGAAGAAGAAGAAGAUGGCGGAACGAGGCUACAGUUUCUCCCUCACCACAUUUAGCCCCUCGGGUAAACUGGUCCAGAUUGAAUAUGCGCUGGCAGCUGUAGCAGCCGGAGCUCCGUCAGUGGGCAUCAAAGCUUCCAAUGGCGUUGUCCUGGCAACAGAGAAGAAACAAAAGUCCAUCCUGUACGAUGAGCAGAGUGUCCAUAAGGUGGAGCCUAUCACUAAACACAUAGGCAUGGUCUACAGCGGCAUGGGGCCUGACUACAGGGUUUUAGUGCGACGAGCCCGGAAGUUGGCACAACAGUACUUCCUGGUUUACCAAGAGCCAAUCCCUACAGGCCAGCUUGUCCAGAGAGUGGCCUCUGUAAUGCAGGAGUACACGCAGUCUGGUGGAGUGCGUCCGUUUGGCGUUUCAUUGCUGAUAGCUGGAUGGGAUGAGGACCACCCCUACCUGUUCCAGUCAGACCCCUCUGGUGCAUAUUUUGCAUGGAAAGCCACAGCCAUGGGAAAGAACUACGUUAAUGGAAAAACAUUCCUUGAAAAAAGGUAUAACAAUGAUCUGGAAUUGGAAGAUGCCAUCCACACAGCCAUCUUGACAUUGAAGGAGAGCUUUGAGGGUCAGAUGACAGAGGAAAACAUUGAGGUGGGAAUCUGUAAUGAGGCCGGCUUCAAGAGACUCACCCCAGCGGAGGUGAAAGACUACCUGGCAGCCAUCGCGUGAACACACCCUUCCUAAUGACGGGGCUUUCAGGCCACAUUUCAAAACAAAAGGCAUCACGGCACAGUAGCCAACUGUCUCAUGGCACAUUGUUGUAGACCACAGUUAUUCAGAGUUUGGCCUCAUUGUGUUGCCAAACUGUUUUUGCCCUGAGAACAUGAAAAUAUGCCCGCUAUAACUUCAUUACAUUCAAGAUUAUUAACAUGAGCUCGCAGAAUCAGACUGUUGGGGAUUAUGCCCAGAUCUAUUUACUUAAAGUGACAGCCACUCACAAACUAAUCUCUAAUUUUAGUGGCUGUGAGGUGACAAGCUUAUGCUAUCACAUAGCUAAUUGGCUUUGUUGUCAAGCAACUAGUUUUGUAGUGUGACAUGUGACAGAUGCCUACUGUGCAUAUGAAAAGGAAUGUGUGCUCUGAUGAGUAAAAUCUCCAAUCUUCCAUUGAAUCCUUCGGUAUUUCCUUUUUUGUUAUUUGUCAUUACUGUUGCAAAGCCAGUGCUUUGGUUCACAGAUGAAGCACUGUUGUUUAUAUGCAUUUAUUCAAAAGUUGAUUGCAUGUCAGACAAAUCAAGAAAAUGUUAACAAGGUUAUUAGAGACCAGAAAGAGCUUUGGUGCAACUUGGUGGAUGAUUUAUUCACCCCCAGAGACCAAGCUCCUGACUGCACUUCAUUAAUAUCCCUCAGACAUACUGGGAAGGGGGAUCAGCAAAAAGGAGCACGUAGGGAGGAUGCAAUGGAAAGUUCAGAGGUUUUACAGUCAGGAUUUUGUUGCCUGUACAGCAGUUUUACACAGUGUACUCUUUGUUUUUUCAGGCUAGAAACACUUCUAGAAUUUGUAUUUUCUCCUCUGGUAUCUGUCACUUAAAUAAAAGAUGACGAGUUGA